CAAACAAGUAAACAAGCCUGUUAUUAAAGUUAAGUAUUGCUAAUUAUCCCUCAUUAUGGCUUCUUAUAUUACUUAAGUGGUAUGUUUAACACAUAUGUGACGCACAACGGACAUAUUUGGACGAACGACUGGGCAGUUAGUCUCUCUAUUCAUCGAUGAGACUGACGGGAAGAGGAGAGUCACUGUAAAGGUACUGUAAAAGAAGCCUGCUAUGUCCGGUCCCACCUGGCUUCCACCGAGAACUCUGGAUAGCCCAGAGCGAGCCGUCCCCCAGAUGUCAGGGUCAGCGAUCUACCGAGCCCCCAACAAGAAGGGGAUGUCCGACUUCCGGCCAAAAUAUGGCCCCUAUGACCAGAACGGAGGAGGAGGAGGAGGAGGCGGAGGGAUGACCAACAGGUACAUGGCUACAGGAUCCACAGGUGGGCCCAUUCAUCAUUCAUCUGGCGAUCACUAUUACUCCCCUCCCCAUGGUCCCAAAGAAGACCGCACCUGGAGCCCUCACAUGGACAGCUACGAGCUGAUGCACCGUGGUCCUGAAAAGCCAGCGAACUAUCACUCCAAAAUCGAUGCAGAUAUCGACUCCCUCACCAGUAUGCUCGCAGAUCUGGACAGCCACCCACAGGACUCCAGCACACAACUGUACGACAAUGUGCCUUACAACAAAUACCUCUCAGGGGAUCAUUACAAGCCUGCACACCAGAACGCAGCCCCUCCUCAGGGUCGGCCAUCCAUGGGUUACCCCCCUCAUCCCCAGAGCCAAUACCACCCAGCGCCCCCUUACCCCAGUGAGCACCAGUCACCUCAGUAUUCCACCUCCCACCAGCAGGACUACUACUCCUCCUCCACCCCUAAGCCCUACCCUCAGCCCGUCCCAGCCUCCUACACCACAGCCUCGACUCCCACCGGGCCCAGGUUCAGCGUCCAGGUCAAGACGGCGCAGCCUGUCACCUACUCUCAGACGGGGAGACAGGCCGAGCAGGCGUACACCCCACCCCCUCCUCGCCAGCACGUGUCACGCCCCCCUCCCCAGACUCAGACAAGUCCGCAGGGCUGGUACCCUCCUCAUCAAGCUCAGGAGAUGCACUCUGAGGCGGGGUACAAGGGGAGCGGCUCAGGAUCUGGAGGAAGAGUUAACCAGCUUCCACUGUCCAAGAGAGGGAUGGAAAAUAAUCAAACAGGAUCAGGGGCUGCACAGAGUCCUGCGUAUCAAUCCAGCAAGCAGGGGGUAGUAACAACCAGGCCUGAGGAAGAGUUGGAACGGCUCACCAAGAAGUUGGUAUAUGAUAUGAACCACCCCCCUUCGGAGGACUAUUUUGGUCGCUGCGCCCGGUGUGGCGACAACGUGGUCGGUGAUGGCAGUGGCUGUAUCGCCAUGGAGCAGGUGUUCCAUGUGGAGUGUUUCACAUGCAUCACCUGCCACGCCCGUCUCCGGGGGCAACCGUUCUACGCCCUCGACAAGAAGAGUUACUGCGAGAGCUGUUACAUCAGUACAUUAGAGCGCUGUUCAAAGUGCUCCAAGCCCAUCCUGGACCGCAUCCUGCGGGCUAUGGGGAAGGCCUACCAUCCCCGCUGUUUCACAUGUGUGGUUUGUAACUGCUGCUUGGACGGAGUGCCCUUCACUGUGGACGCAACCUCUCAGAUACACUGCAUAGAUGACUUUCAUCGGAAGUAUGCACCUCGCUGUUCAGUUUGUGGCGAGCCCAUCAUGCCCGAACAGGGCCAGGAGGAGACAGUCAGGAUAGUUGCUCUGGACCGCAGCUUCCAUGUGAACUGUUACGUUUGUGAGGAAUGUGGUCUCCUGCUGUCCUCUGAAGGGGAGGGUCGAGGCUGUUACCCGCUGGACGGCCACAUCUUGUGUAAGAGCUGCAGCGCUCGCCGCAUCCAGGACCUCUCAGCCAAAAUCUCCACUGACUGCUAACGAACCUGCUGUGACCGUGCCACCAGUGAAGCCCUUUCACUCUCGCCGUCAGCGUAUUACCAACACGUCAGCACCGGAAGGUGGCGCCCCUGCUUUAUUCAGAUUUGCGAGCUAGUUAUUCUUUUUUUGUUGUCUUGGUUGCGCCCCUGGUUGACAUUGACAUUGCUAUGGUUCCCUCUGUUGGUAUGUAGCUGCAAUUUCAUUCGCGGAGGAACAUUUUCUGUUGUUACUGUUACUGAUUCGAAUUAGAGAUGGAGUUCUGAUGGAGCAACCAUCUCACUCAUGUAUUCAAAAGUCCUACUACAUUUUCUUUCCUUUUUGGUACACAGCUGCCCCAUUUGUCAUAUUUAGUUCAGUAUUUGACAGUGGCCUGACCUGCAGGCAGCUUGGGCUCCACUUCCCAUUUAUUCACAUCGGUACUGCUCGACCUUUAGCUUGCACAUUAUUAUCACUGUCAAAGACAAUGAAGUAUGGAAGGAUAACAUGGAUUUAGACCUGAAAAUGAGGGCGUGUCUGCAGAGAAACAGCAUAAAUGCUAAUUAGGAUGACAUGUAAAUCCGUCUACACAAUGGGACCUGUACAUUUGUAAAACACUAAAUAUCAAGGUGCAGAACUGCCUCAAAACAAGCUUAUUAAAAGCACAUAAUGCAACAACUGUGACUGUACAUAACGGGCUGGUUUGACAAUGAAACUGUUCCCAACUGCUUUGGAAAGCAAGUAGCCUUUAGUGCAGUGAAUCUUUGCAGAGAAGUAGCCUCAUAGCACGAGAAAUGUAGACGAAAGGAAUGUGUAGUUAACGUUGCAACCCAGACGUUUCUUUCUUUAGCUUUUUAUGAAAUGCUAGUCCAAUAUUUGCUAGAACAAAUCUCUCGUAGAUCUCAACACUCAGACAUGACAAUAUCGUGUUGUUUUCUUAAAAUCGAAGCUCGUAUCAGGAUUUUUGCCAUUUUUAAAAUCACCCAGAAUAACAUUUUUGAAUGUCUACGAAACGCAAUCUUGCUUCGUGUUUUUUUUGUUUAACAUUUGUUGUUGGUUGAUACUUGACUGUUACGUUGAAGAUGAUGGUGCAAUGAAGUCAAAGGCUUUCUUCUGUUAAGGAAAACAGGGUGUUCGCCCCUGAUGGGGGCUUGAAAACAUCCUACCAUGUGAAGCUUGAGCCCCAUGUGAAGAGUUUGUACAUGUGCCAUUUAGGGAAAGUUGGAAACAAAUUAUUCUCGAGUUAUAUUAAUUUACUUGACUUUGACUUUCUGUUUAAUUUUAACACUAGAUGAAAUAAAAGUGGAAUUUCAUGAUAUAUUGUUAACAAAAAAAAUUUGAUUGUGAUUUUGUAAAACAAGUCUUCACAUGCGGAUUUGAUUUUUGUUCAUCUUUGCACUCACGUGGGCCAAGUUGUCAUUCUGAGACUUUGGAGCUACAGUAUUUGUGAUGAUUGUGUUGAACCUCUCUCGUCUUUCCGUCCUGGUUUUUGUGUAUGUGUAACUUAAAGGGCUAGAAAUUUGAAAGCCUUACCUCAAGGAUGUCAUUGAAACUGGGUUUGUCUGUAAAUUCUGCUUUUGUUUUGUUUUUUGUUUUUUUUUUGGUGACAGAUCUUGAUCAUGCUCAAAAGGUUCAGAGUUGCAUUUUUCAUCUCUUGUUAAUUUAUCUCAUGAUGUAAAUACUGUGUCAACAUUAAUCUGCUUUCUAUCAUCAAGGUUAUCAUUUCAUUCAGAUGUGUUGCUUUUAAAAUCUCGACCCAUGCCAUCUCUUUUGUCGUACUCCUCGAAUCACAUCAUUUUGUUUCUGUUACGCAGCCAUCCAUACGUCCUCCUGACUGUGUGUCCAGUUUGAAAUGCUGUGAAUUGGAGCUUGUAGAUGAAAACCUGUGGUACUGCAGCAGACCUCCGUCUGCUGGUGAACUCACAGAGAGAAGGAGGUUCUGUGUGAAAUGAACAGGUUGUUUGAGUAAAAUGGAAGUUGGUUACAUAAACGGGAGAGCAUGUGAAUACAUGAGUGGAUUUUCUCCUAAUACACGUUGUAGUAACAUUAUUGAUGAUUAAAAUGUCAACAAGUG